AUGCGGCCAGUACGAUCCGGACGUGUUGACGAAUCCUCGUAUGAAAUCAAGAGGCGUAAUCCGCAAAAACCUUCUGGGGUCCGUAACUGUCCGGAACAUUUUUAUGUCACAAAGAAAACAUCUAUCCCCAUUACGAUGAAACGUGUAGAAGAAAUGUUAAACAACAAAGGGAAUGAGAUUUAUAUUCAUGGCCUUGGGGCUUCCUUAAAUCGGGCAAUGGUGCUAGCCAUUGAGGUUCAGAAGAUUUAUACCGAUGCAGUUUCUCUGAAUGUAACUACUUCCACCGUAAAUGUAACUGAUGACCUUUUUCCACUGAGCGACGAGUAUGAAAUGGGGAUUCGCAACAGGCCUUUAUCCGCAGUUCUAAUUCACGUUUGCCGAACUCAAGUUUAA